AUGGCUCCAAUUACUGAUGCUACUACUGCCAGCAGCUCUGCAGUUUCUGCCACCACUCAUGUGGUACAAUUUAUCCCGGUUGCUCAGUUACCUAUUAAACUACAUGGUAACCUCAAUUUCUCCAUUUGGAAAGCACAACUUAUAAUGCUACUAAAUGGACAUCAACUCAUGGGACAUCUUAAUGGAACCACAACUGCUCCAUCACCUAUUAUUACCCAAAACGAUCUCAUUGUAGCAAAUUCCAAGUAUCAGAUUUGGUUCUCUCAAGAUCAACUAAUCCAACAAGCAAUGAUGGCAUCUGUCGAUUCGACAAUUACUCUAACUGUUGCAGCAGCACCAUCUGCUAACAAAGCAUGGGAACUCCUUCACACAACGUACGCCAACAAAAGCCAUACUCGCAUCUUUAGCCUGCGAGAUCAGUUGCAAAAUACCAAGAAGGCUUCCAAAACCAUUGCAGAAUACUUACAGGAAGUUCGUUCUCUUUCAGAUGCUUUCAAAGUUGCUGGUUCACCCGUCAAUGACGAUGAACUUAUUGUCAAAAUUCUAAGUGGCCUUGAACCUGAGUACUGUGAAAUCUCUGCUGCAAUACGCGCACGAGACUCUUCUUUAAGCUUUGAAGAAUUACUUCACAAGCUCACAGAUCAUUAG